CGAUCAUUAAGGUAGACCGAGCUGGCUGCUUGUGGCAUACUAGCAAUCUGGGGCUACCAGCCUAUAACGCAAGACAAAACACGAUCAGGUCAGCUCGCACGGAACUCGAAAAUCCCCCAGGAUGGUCUCUACAUUCCUUUCACCGGGCUCGGUGACCAAAGAACACGACUUGGCCUCUUUGCACCUCAGACGCGAACAGUCUCUCCCGGUCAUACUCGCGACCCAGGCCAUCAACGCAGAACAUGAAGGCUAUGCUGAGGGCGUUGUCACAAACACUCGCUUCGGUUCCUACCCACAUUCCACCAUAAUAGGUGCGCCAUGGGGCAGUCAAAUCCGUGCAAGCAAGGUCGACACCGGUUCCAGAGGACGCAACAGUCAGAGGUCGAAGAAGCGAAAGGCUGAGACGCUAGAGAAGCAUGAGAACGAGGAUGGUACGGUCGCGAAAGAUGUUGUCGUGGCGAGUUCGGGCUUCGUGCAUGUUGUGCCACCUACACCCGAGAAUUGGACCACAAGCCUACCUCAUCGAACGCAAGUUGUGUAUACCCCUGACUACAGCUAUAUUCUGCACCGCAUUAGAGCACGGCCAGGCUCAAGAUUGAUAGAGGCCGGCAGUGGUAGUGGCAGCUUCACCCACGCCGCAGCUCGGGCUGUUUUUAAUGGCUAUCCACAACACGCUCCUGCGGAGAAGGAUGACUCUCCGCAGCAAGAUUCAGAGUCCAUGGGCAAGGUGUUCUCAUAUGAAUACCACGCAGAGCGGCACAGAAAAGUCAAGGCCGAGAUGGCAGAACACGGGUUAGAGACCAUCGUUCGCGCAACGCACAGGGAUGUCUAUCAGAACGGGUUUCUGCUUGAGGAUGAGAUCAGUCAAGAGACGACGUCGCCACGAGCUAACGCGAUCUUCUUGGAUUUGCCCGCACCAUGGGAAGCUCUGCCACAUUUGACGCGCGGUACCGAAGAUGGCACGCCUUCUGCGCUUGAUCCUCAAUCUGCCGUGCACAUCUGCACGUUUAGUCCCUGUAUAGAGCAGGUUCAACGCACCGUAACAGCUUUGCGAAGCUACGAUUGGUUGGAUAUCGAGAUGGUCGAGGUUCAACCCAAACGUAUCGACAUCCGGCGGGAAUAUUCUGGCCUGCAAUAUGAGGGAAUGCGGGGCGUGAAUCUGUUCGCUGCUGAUGUCGACCAAGCAGUCUCAAAACUUCGAGAGGUGGAGCGACGUGCAAAGGACUUCCAUGCUGGCAAUUUGGAGCCCGACAAAACGGCGAAAGGUGCCCAUCAGUCUGCCGAUAAUACCUCGAAGUUACCUUUCGAUGGAGGCAAGCUGAUACACAGAACGGAGCCAGAGCUGAAGACACACACGUCGUACCUGGUCUUUGCGGUGCUCCCAAGGGCGUGGACGGAGGAGGACGAAGCUGUUGCGGCGGCUAAGUGGUCGAAGCAUGUUAAGAUUGCAUCUUCCGGGCCAAAAAGCCAGCGUCAGCUGAAGAAAGAGGCGAAGCAAAGAGCAAAGGGUGCGAAUGGAGUCAAGGAUGAGCCGAAGGUCGCGCCCCAGGAGGCAGCUGUUGCCAUCGAGGAUGCGCCGGCUGAGUGA